GAGCCACUCCUAAUCAUACGGUAUGGCGGGUUGGUAGCACAUAUCAGAACGGAUUAGCGCGAUCAAGGUUGGGUUUUAUUUUACUUUAUUGCCAUCAAACUGUAAAUAUCGAAGUGUUUAUCAGUGUAAAUUCGAUUAAAUUUCAAAUAUCCCUUUAUAUAGUUAUAAACAGAGUUCAGUUGUGUGAGGUUGGUAACAUCAAUCGUGUCUACUGUAGCGUCUAGCGGCAAGAAAAGGUACUUUUCUCCCAGUACUUCAGCCCAUUCCUCAGCUUCAGGUCCGAGUCCUUUGUGCGUUCGGAGAUUGUGGUACUGGUGAUAAAUUUAACCCGAUUUUUAAUGUGAAAGGUCCUUUAAAUAAUUAUCAAAAUCGAGGAUAAUGACCUGUGGGAUACGGACUCAGUGCAUUUCAUAAAUCGGCGAAAAACGGCAUGAAAAACGCGAUUUUCAACUCAAAAAUGUAAACAUUCAUGGCUGAAGAGUACCUUUAUUUCUAAUAUCUGCAACAGUGUACAUAUUAGAUUCUACGAAAAUGGAGCAUAUGGGAUACAUAUUGUUCUUUCUGCAUAUCAUAAGCUUGGCAGCAUCCCAGACACAGCUAACGACCAGUUUUAAUAGAGUGGAUAGCAUAACACCAUCAGAUUUUCCAUUCUCAUCUUCGCCCGUUAGGGCCAGGAGUCAGAAGAUUACAACUGACAGCAACAAGAAACCAAUGUUUGCAAAUUGUGAUACGUAUAAUAAAGCGCAAGUGAAAGAAGAACAAGAUACAAAAACGUUUGUUAUACAGGUGAAGGCUGAAGACGGCGAUCCACCCAAUGCUGGUGGCACCGUCACGUACAAAAUAGUGAAACGUGAUGGAGGAAAAGACUAUUUUACGAUCGACAAUUCUACUGGGGAAGUUCGAACUAAUACGCCUUUCGAUCGUGACGAGCCAUUUAGGCAAAAAGAAAUGUACGUCACAGUUCAAGCCACUGAUAAUGGCAGGCCACCAUUAUCUGAUAUUUGCACAUUCAAAGUAACUAUUACUGACAUCAAUGACAAUUCUCCUCAACUGGAUCAGCAAACUUAUCACGCCCAAGUGGCGGAAGACUUGAAAGUGAACAGUGAAGUAGUGCGAAUAUUUGCCUACGAUAUAGACGACGGCAAUAACUCAAGACUGACAUACUCUUUCCGUGAUAGUUCCGACGAAUUUUCUACACUUUUCCGAAUUGAUCCUGAUACCGGAGUUGUUUACCUACAAGAUUCUUUAUCUGGGAAAAUUGGCUUAAAAUUUACCAGCCAAGUGUAUGUGCGAGAUAAUGGCAUAGAUCAAAGAGCCACCGAAGCACCAAUUACAAUCGAAGUUGUAGGAUCAGAUAAAAAGGCACCAAAUGUCAUAGAAAGCACUCCUGGCGGUGUUUUGGAACUUAAGGAAAGCUUCAACAAUUUUACCGAACAUCUGGUUACUAUUGUUGCUGAGUCAAAUAUCGACGACAAGGAAAUAGCCUUUGAAUUAAUUAAAGGAAAAACGUUACAAACCAAUAAAGAUCAAACUUUUGUGUUGACACCCAGUCAAAGUAAUUCAUAUACAGCAUACAUUAUCUUAGCUCGUCCUUUGGAUUUUGAAACUGUGACUGAAUAUUCAUUAAGUGUCCGAAUAAAAAAUAAGGACCUUAUGGACACGUCUAUAACCAUUCCAAUAAGAAUUCUUGACGUGAACGAUGAGUUACCUAAUUUCAUUGAGCUGAUUAAAGGUAGUGUUGUUGAAAAUGAUGAUAAAGGCGCCCAAGCAAUGGUGGUUAGAGCAAUUGAUAAAGAUGGUACCAGUGAAAAUAACAUUGUCAGUUAUGAACUCUUGUCGCACUCCGACAUAUUUUCAAUUGAUAAGCAAUCAGGAGUCAUUAAAUCAUUGGAACAAUUUGAUAGAGAACUUGUGAGUGUUUAUCACGUUAAAGUACGCGCCUAUGACAAUUCACCUAGUGCCUUGAGAAACACUGGAGAUCCUAAUGAGGCCGUACAGACGUUCCAGAUUAGUAUUGAAGAUCGUAACGACAAUGCCCCGAAAUUCACUUAUUCCAUCUAUAAUUGUACGGAUAUUCUGGAAAAUACUGAUAUAGGAAAGGAUGUGGGUGAAGUGAAAGCUGUAGACAAAGACAGUGCCUCGCUUAUUACAUAUAGCAUUGUUGACGGGAACAUUGACGAUGCAUUUUCCAUCGAAAACACUACGGGCAGGAUAAGAGUGAACAACAGACUUGAUUUUGAGAAAAUUGUACAGUACAGUCUCCGAGUUCGUGCUUUUGACGGCAUUUUUGAGGACUUCGCUAUGGUGCAAAUUUUCGUGGCCAACGUCAAUGAUGAAAUACCGAUAUUUGAACCCCACGAUAAAAACAUAACAAUUCAGGAAGAAACUAUCCCAGAUGGUUGCAUCAUAAAUGUCAAAGCGUACGAUCCUGAUAUUGCCGAUAGAACUGCCAAUCAACAUAUUUUGUAUAAUGUUGAAGUUGAUUUCCUUAAAGUGUCGCAAGAAGGUUGUGUAACGGUAACUAAGAAAUUGGAUCGGGACAGACCAUUUGGAAGCCCGUUUCACCAAGCUUUCAUUUAUGCUUACGACAAUGAUGGAGGGCCGAACUCAGUGAAUGCGUACUCUGAAAUAUUGAUAAUUCUGGAGGAUAUUAACGAUAAUGCUCCGUUCUUAAAUGUGACGGAAGUCGUUUGGUAUGAAAAUCAAGAUAUUCAAGAAUUCAGCGAAAUUACUAUAUUGAGUGCGGAUGACUACGAUGGACCAGACAAUGGACCCCCGUUCACUUUUGAGUUAUCUUCUGAGGCGUCUGAUGAUAUUCGUCUUAAAUUUACCAUAAUUGGUUCAGCACUACAUGCAUUAGUUGUAUUCGACAGAGAAGAGCAAAAGUACUACGACAUUCCCAUAUUGAUUACCGACAGCGGCAGGCCUCCGCUAAGCAAAGUCAGCAUUUUAAGGGUAAUCAUAGGUGACCGAAAUGACAAUGAAGCACAAGACGGGUCUAGUGAGAUAUUUGUAUAUAAAUAUGAGAAUUGGAAAACAAACAUCACGAUUGGCAGAGUAUUCGUUGAGGACCCCGACGAUUGGGAUUUGCCAGACAAAAUUUUUAUGCAAUUGGACAAUUUUGACUACUUUGUCUUGUCGAGAGAGGACAGAGGCAUGAUAAUUAUGUCAAGCGAUAUAAGUGAAGGCACAUAUUUCCUACGUUUUAAUGUAACUGAAGAGAACCUUCCGCUUAUUCCGAGGCAUACUGUUUUUGCAAAUGUCAACGUAACCGUUAAAAGCAUUCCACAAGAAGCCGUCGUUAAAUCCGGCUCUAUACGUAUACUCGGAGCAGAUAUUGAACAGUUUGUUGAAAAGAAUGAUGCUGGAAAGAGUAAAAAGGACUUGUUGCAUCAACGCAUUUCUGAAAUUGUUAAUACAUCGAUAUCGAACGUUGACGUCUUCACAGUACUAACUACUCCCUCAAAUAGUUCGCUAAUUGAUGUUCGAUUUUCCGCACAUGGAUCACCGUAUUAUGCUCCCGAGAAACUUAAUAAUAAGAUUACAGCUAAUCAAGAAAAGCUUGAAAACGAACUCGAUGUCGAGUUUGUAAUGAUAAGCAUUAAUGAAUGCCUGAAUGAAAAUACAUGUGGAGUUGGAAACUCUUGCUCGAACAAGUUGCAAAUCAAUGAUGAAGAACCUGCCGUUGUUUAUACAAAUCGGACUUCAUUUGUUGGAGUCAAGUCAACAGUGGAAGCGAAAUGCGACUGCUUCGAUCAUAUUCUCACCAGUUGCUUGAAUGGAGGCGUGAUGGAUUCAAAUGGAGUAUGUUCGUGCAAUUCGGGCUACGAAGGACCGUAUUGCGAAAUACUAUCCAUAGCAUUUAACGGAAAGGGUUGGGCGAUGUAUCCAGGAUUGGAAUCUUGCAACACAUCAGAUAUUACGCUAUCAGUUGCUCCUAAAGAUGAUAAUGGACUUAUUUUCUACGCUGGGCCGCUGACAUAUCGACAUGCGUUGAUUUCAAAAGAUUUUAUAUCGCUGGAACUUCGCGAUGGGAUACCCGUUCUCAAAAUUGAUAACGGUCUUGGUCCAAUUGAGGUCUCCCCAAGGGACAACAACAAAGGCAACAGUUACGUUAAUAGUUUGAACGAUGGAGCCACUCAUAAGAUCAGAAUUAGCUUCACGUACAGCACCGCUGAAACGAACAUAGAAAUGGAAAUUGACAACUGUUUGAGUAACUGUUUACAAGUUCAAACACUUGCACCACGUUUGCUGCGUAUUAAUGGACCGUUACAGGUGGGAGGUCUCAGCCAGACGUUCAGCGAAGAGGAAUCGAAAAUUUUAUGGAACGCGAUAUCGCCAACUGAUGUCGGAUUUCGAGGAUGUGUUAAGAACUUCACAUUCAACGCAAACUAUUACAAUCUAGGACAACCCUCAGAUUUUCUUGAUGCUUUUCCCGAUUGUAGCGAUUUCACUCAGCAAGCUAUCACUUUUGGCAUAGAUUCCAACUUUUUGGUAGCGAUUUUGGUGUGCAUAGCUGUGCUUUUCUUCCUAUUGUUGGCUGUGGUAGUGCAUAGACGACAACACGACAACCUUAAUGAAAAAGACAUCGAUGAUACGACUGAAAACAUCAUUAACUACGAAGAUGAAGGUGGCGGCGAAUGUGAUGCUCAUUACAACCUAUCGGUCUUUGCAAUGGCCAACAACAAAGAGGCGUUGCAACGCAAAGAAAAUCCUGACAUUGGUACAGCAGAGCCAGACAUUAGCGUUUUCUUGGAUACCAGGAAAGAUACUUGUGAUAAAGAUCCAGACAAUUUGCCGUAUGAUGAUGUUAGGCAUUACGCGUAUGAAGGAGAUGGCAACAGCACAGGUUCUUUGUCCUCGCUCGGGUCUUGCACUGAUGAUGGCGAUCUUGACUUCAAUUACCUAUCGAGCUUUGGUAAACGAUUUAGUAAGUUAGCUGAUAUGUAUGACUAUGAUGGAAGUGACGACGACACGCAAAAUGGUGGAGAUGAAGCUUGGUGCUAGCUGUACCCUUACCUUAAGAGAGACGUUUUGUACUUAAUUUACUGUGUCUGACCAAAGAUUUUUUGGGUGGAACUAAGAGCUGGUAAUCUUCUGUAUAUACAUUCAUUCCUAAGUACUAUUAAUAUAGUGUCGCGGUCUUAAUAGGUUUGAAAAUCACAGUUGUGUUUCAGUGCCAAAUUAUUCAACUAACCCCAGGUUAUAUGUUUAAAUAUACUAGUGAGCUAUAAACAACAGACCCUCUUAGUGCAGUUGAAUGGAAACGCAAGAGAACACAUUCCGUACAUUCAUUCAAACAGUUUGCUCAUUAUUUGGCAUGUUUCAAAAAUAAUAAUUAAGUAGAUAAGUUUGAAAAAGACUGCUUUUCGAUUAUGUUAUUGCCGAAAAUUCUCGCUACCGAGAAAAAAGUUGUGCGAUUUUAGUGUUUAUACGAUGCAUUAAUCAAACUCGCUUUAGAGACAAUGUAAUAUGGUGCUAUAAACAUGGAUGGUUUCUAGGUUUUGGACCUAGAAAAGGACUAAAUUAUAAAAUUGCUAUAUUUAGAAGUUAAACAUUAGAUCCUUUAGAAAUUUACUACAAAACCAGUGAUAAAUAUGUAAUAAUUCUUCUAUCUGUAAAUUUUUGUUUACAUAUUAUCGUGCAUCGCCUUUGCCAAAUAUUUCAUAGCUUCAGUGGCUACGCUAUUCUGAUUAAUUCCAACUGCUCACUGAAAUUUGACUGUUCAGUGCAAAAAGUAUGCCGUCCAAAGUGCAUUUAAAAUCUAUUUACAAUAAGUAAAAAUUACCUAUUUCUGUACACUAUACUAUGAAAAAUUAUAUAAAGUUUAAAUAUUUACACUAGUGGCUGUGAAAGCACUACGAACGAAGUGUUUCAAGCACGUUACUACUCUAAAUGAACAGGUAUCAUGUACGAAUAUCCACAGAACAGAACUUUUGUCGAGAAUUAAAUUAAACAUAGGAUCAUGUAAGUGGAAAAUGUCUAGGUAAUUAAUAUUGUGAUGCAGUGGCUUACUUUCAGGUAGUGGUCAAAUCGAGAACUUUUCUGUUACAAGUUGUAAUUAGCUUCAUUCCUGUCUCUGUCUUCUGUAUUUUCGGAAUUGAAACAUGGAACACAACACAAUCAACCGAUUGGAAAUUUCAUCAUUCUAAACAAACCGCAGACAAGAUUCCUAUUAUAGGCUCAAUGGAAAAUUCGUUUUCUCGCAAUGUUGACUUUAUUAUUCAUUAAAUAGUUUGGAUUGAUGUUGCAUUCAUGACUAAUGUGCGUGUUUUCAUUUCAACAGUGCCAAAAAUAAAGAAGACAGAACAAUUAGGUGUUAACGAAAAAAUAUCGACUAUACAUAUUUUUAUUUCAUAUAUCUAAAUAAUAAUGUAACAGUAAUAAGUUGAAUUAUGUUUCCAUUGUCACUAGUUUGUGCAAAUAAGAGUUAGCCUUAGAUGUAGUAAUUAGUUUAGGAAAUAGGUGAAAUAUUUUUGUAUGGAAGCUCAGAGAUGACGUUAAUGUUUCCAUCUUUGAAACAACUUAACGUUCAUCAUUUUCUUUGAGACUGACAAAGUCUUAACAAGAAGACCAACAACCGACUAAUUAAAUGAAAAAUGAUGAAACAUUUGAAUUUGCAACACAAAGAAUUUGCCUUACAAGUUUUGUUAUUUAUGCUAAUUUUAUAAACCUUAUGAAUAUGUCGAAUUACAUUCCUAUAUAGUUGUGUUGUUUUGUGAUUUGUUUGGCAGCCAUAAGAAUUGUUUUUAUUUGACACAAACCGUGUACUAUAGGUUUCACAUUCCAUGGAUUAAAGUAUUAUUUUACGACUUUUACGUUAAUGUUCGAUAAUGGUAGCUUCAUUAAAUUAUUUACGCGAUUCGAAGCAUUGUAUGUAUUCACAAUAGUAGUUUAAACACUGCCAUUUCUGAUUUGUGUAUUUUUUCAAUAAAUGUUUUUCAGAAAGUAA